CCUCCGGAAGCAGACGUGGCCGGCUCCUGUGAGGUUGCGGGGCGGGCGCUUGGCCUCCCGGCCGGGCUUCCACAGCGAGGAUGAGGCGGCGCUGGCGGCAGGAGACGGAGGAGGCGCCGGCGUUGGCGCUGAGGCGGCGGCGGCCGGGGGGCCUGGCGCUGCUGCUGCUGGUGGCGCUGCUGUGGGGCCUGUGGGAGGCGCGGGCGGCGGAGGGCGCGGGAGGCCGGUCGCUCCCGCAGUUCAGCGACGACGUCCCCUUCCGAGUCACUUGGCCCGGGAGCGAGCUCAGUCUGCCUACUGCUGGAGUUUUGUACAAAGAAGAUCAUUAUGUCAUCAUGACAACGGCAGAUAAAGAAAAAUACAAGUGCAUUCUUCCAGUAUUAGCUAAUGGAGAUGAGGAGGAAGAAAAAGAUUACAAGGGACCUAGCCCUGCAGAAUUGUUGGAACCUCUAUUUAAACAAAGCAGCUGUUCUUACAGGAUUGAAUCAUAUUGGACUUAUGAAGUCUGUCAUGGAAAACAUAUUCGUCAGUAUCAUGAAGAGAAAGAAACUGGACAGAAAAUCAAUAUUCAAGAGUACUAUCUUGGAAAUAUGCUACGGAAGAGUGCGCUGCUUGAUCCAGAGCAAGAAGAGAAGGAAGAUGAAAAAGACAGUAUAAAAGAGAUACCUACGAAAAAUAUAGAAGGGCAAAUGACACCAUACUACUCCAUAGGGAUGGGAAAUGGCACACCUUGUAGCUUGAGACAAAACCUGCCCAGAUCAAGUUCAGUGAUGUAUGUCUGCCAUCCCGAAGCAAAGCAUGAAAUCCUGUCAGUGGCUGAAGUCACCACAUGUGAAUAUGAAGUAGUUGUUUUGACUCCCCUGCUGUGCAGCCAUCCUAAAUACAGGUUUAGAGCUUCCCCUGUGAAUGACAUAUUCUGCCAGUCAUUGCCAGGAUCUCCACUGAAACCCCAUAACCUUGAACAGUUAGAGCAACAGCAAGAAAUGAUGAAGAUGCCUUUUAGGAGAGCCAAGGAGGAAGAAAUUAAUUCAGCAAAAGAAGAAAAAUUUUCCUCCUUCCACAAGCCAGUUGCUGUUGGAACACCCCAGUUGUUAACAGUUGGAACAACACACAUCUCGAAACUGACUGACGAUCAGCUCAUAAAAGAGUUCCUUAGUGGAUCUUACUGCUUCCAUGGGGGUGUUGGCUGGUGGAGGUAUGAAUUCUGCUAUGGCAAAUAUGUACAUCAGUAUCACAAGGAUAAAGAAAAUGGCAAAACAACUAUAGUUGUGGGCACAUGGAACAAGGAGGAACACCUUGACUGGGCACAAAAAAAUGUGGCUAGAACAUAUCACCUCAAAGAUGAUGGCCUGCAGACGGUGAAAAUGGUGUCACACUACUAUGGAAAUGGAGAUGUUUGUGAUUUAACUGACAGACCUCGACAGGUGACAGUGAAAUUGAAGUGCAAGGAAUCUGAUUCUCCUCACGCUGUAACUGUUUAUAUGUUGGAACCUCACUCCUGUCAGUAUAUCCUUGGGGUGGAAUCACCAGUUAUCUGUAAAAUUUUGGAUACAGCAGAUGAAUCUGGACUACUCUCAGUACCCAGUUAGUAGUGCGAGGAUUUCACUUAGUUCAGAGCCCUGAAAGCUGAAGUGGAAACUAUGCUUUGGCUACUCCUCAUGAACCAACGGUGAAAAGAGAUGAUGAGCCAAGAAAGAACUCACCAGCAGACCCGUCUAAAAAGCAACGAGCUAUCAUGAACUCCUUUGUGAAUAUUAUAUGUAUAUAAGAGGCUAUUGAUAAACUUUUAAAAAUUAAAAAAAACUACUCUAAA